AUGCUUAAGUCAGCGACUAUAUGUGGUAAUUUUGGUAGAGUAACAGGAGGUGAGAAUGAGAAUAUUGCACAAAGUUUCGAUGUGGGACUUUGUGCAAACCUUGUGGAGGUGACAUGUGUUUGUGGUUCUAGAUUUUGUAGUCGGGAGCUUCAGCAGGUGGUUACCGCUUCAAAAGCGGGCCUUCCUUCGAUAGGCUGA